GUUUAUUUUCCGUUCGCCGCCCAAUGGGAGUUGUUCUGGACUACUUCGAUUGCCUCCUCCGGUCGGAUGAUUUCGAAACGCUGAAUGAGGGACACUGGAUUAACGACAAUAUUUUGUCUUUUGUGUUGGAGUACAUGCGGCGCACUGUCUUUGGGGAGCAUAGCAACAUUCUAUUCCUUGAUCCAUCCGUCACCCAACUUGUUAAAUUGGGUGAUUACACCUCAGUGACAGACUUGAUGGAAUCUCUCGGAUCUUCAGGAAAGAGCUGGAUCUUUUGCAUUGUAAAUGACUCCAUGUCGACUUUCUGCGAAGGCACACAUUGGUCCUUACUGGUUUUAUCUCCCACUCUUGGUGAAGCUUAUCAUUUGGAUACUUUGCAGUCUGAUGCGAAUUACCGCAGCGCAGUUAAAGUGGCUACUGCACUCGCUGCCUACUAUCAGAAACCUGAUCUGGUGUAUGUCAAACAUCUACCUGUCGUUGUACAAAACAACUCUUGCGAUUGCGGUAUAUAUACUAUCGUUUUUCUGGAGCUUAUCUGUUCACACUUGUCUACGAAUGACCUUUCUUGGAGAGACACUGGACUUCUCUCUGAUUCUCUGCAUGAACUAGCCGCCUCGAAGCGGGGCGCAUUGAAGUUGCUUAUACGAGGACUUAAUUUACGCAAACAUGAUGGGUAAAUUGGUGUUCUUUCCUCAAAAUAUAUGUGUGUUCACUCA